UUAAGAUUAUUUCGUUUUAGGUUAUGUUGUGAUAAACAAAUACAUUUAAAGUUACCGUAGAAAUGGAAUUUGUUGAAACAAUUUUACGUUCUAGUAAUGCAGAAAAGUACAUCGAUACAUUCAAGAAAAACAAAAUUUUAGAUUCAUUUGCUGUAAAAGCACUGAAGAGAGAGGACUUGGAAAUUCUUAUAGAAGAUAAAGAAAUUGUCGAAAAUUUAUCGAAAGUUAUUGAAAAUUUACAAAUACCUUCAGAAAAAAUUAUUGAUGUUAAUGUUGAUGAAGAAUACAUUAAAGUCACAUUGAUACAAAAUUAUUUGCAUUUACGAAAACAUGUGGCGAAUUUAUCGCUUGCAGUGAACAGAAAUGACAUUAUAAUUUGUGAUGUAAAGCUCAAUCCAACUGUAAAAUGUCUGAAUAAUUGUAUAAACAAUCUUGAACAAAGUUUAGUACAGUUUGAAGAAAAGAUCUCAAAAGUAAAGAAGAAAAAUAAAUUCAAGAACAAAAUUGUGUUUCCCACAAUUAUUGUAACUGCUGCUGUCUUAUUUUGUAUUCAUAGGUUUUGUGCAAGACCUUAAUUAAAUUAAAAGUUCUUUGAUAUAUUAAUAAAGUACGCGACUUUUUAAAA